CCUCUUAAUUUCCUCGGAGUUCUCCGGACUCAGGCUCUGGUUCUGGCCUUCGGGGUUUGGGGCCUCUGGGACCAGGCCGUGAUUUCCGUCCCAGUCUCAACUCUUAUGCCCCUACCGAUGGCCUAGGCUCCACUUGGGACCUCCUGACCCGCUCAUCCCGGGACUCUGUCGCUGCCACUGCGCCAGCCGCCGCCACUGCCUGAGUCCUGAUGGGGGAGUGAGAGGUCACAGUUGGCCGGACAUGGGCCUCCCCACCGUGCCUGGCUUGCUGCUGCCACUGGUGCUCAUGGCUCUGUUGGUGGAAAUAUUCCCUUUUGGGGUUACUGGACUGGUCCCUGACCUCAGGGACCGGGAGAAAAGAGACAGUAUGUGUCCCCAGGGAAAAUACAGCCACCCUCAAAAUAAUUCCAUUUGCUGUACGAAGUGUCACAAAGGGACCUACCUACACAAUGACUGUCCAGGCCCGGGGCUGGACACAGACUGCAGAGAGUGUGAAAACGGCACCUUUACUGCUAUUGAGAACAACUUCAGACAAUGCUUCAGCUGCUCGAAGUGCCGAAAAGAAAUGAACCAGGUGGAGCUUUCUCCUUGCACAGUGGACCGGAACACCCAGUGUGGCUGUGAGAAGAACCAGUACCGGAAAUAUUGGGAUGGCAAUCUUUUCCAGUGCAAGAACUGUAGCCUCUGCAUCAAUGGCGUGAAGCAAAUCGACUGCAAUGAGAUACAGAACACCGUAUGCACCUGCCACGUGGGCUUCUUUCUCAGAGAGAAUGAAUGUGUGUCCUGUGAGAACUGUAAGUCAAACACGGAGUGCAAGAAGCUGUGCCCAUCCCAAUACGAAAGUGUUAAGCCCUUUCAGGACUCAGACACCACAGUGCUGUUGCCCCUGGUGAUCUUCUUGGGUCUCUGCCUUUUAUCCCUCCUGUUCAUGGGUUUAAUAUGCCGCUUCCCACGGUGGAAGCUCAAGCUCCACUCCAUUGUUUGUGGGGAAUCAACACCUACAGAAGAGGGGGACCCUGAGCGCCUGGGCUCAGCACCAAGUUUCAGCCCCACCACAGGCUUCAGUCCCAUCCCCAGCUCCACCUUCAUCCCCAGUCCCACCUUCAACCCUAGUGACCGGCCCAACUUCAGGCCUGCAUCACCACUGAGAGAGAAGGCCUCAUCCCACCAAGGGGCGGGCCCCCUCCUCCCAGCGGCUCCAGCCUCCACCUCCAUCCCCAUCCCUCUUCAGAAGUGGGAGGACGGCGCCUGCACACAGCGCACUGACACCGACCCCGCAACGCUGUAUGCGGUGGUGGAUGGCGUGCCCCCGUCGCGCUGGAAGGAGUUCAUGCGGCGGCUGGGGCUGAGGGAGUACGAGAUUGAGAGGCUGGAGCUGCAGAACGGGCGCUGCCUGCGGGAAGCGCACUACAGCAUGCUGGCGGCCUGGCGGCAGCGCACACCGCGAGAAGAAGCCACGCUGGAGCUGCUGGGCCUUGUGCUCCGCGACAUGGACCUGCUCGGCUGCCUGGAGAACAUCCGGGAGGCGCUGUGUGGCCCCACCUCCCUUUCUGCCUCCUCCAGCCUGCCCAGAUGAGGCCACGCCCCCCGGAGGGGCCUACCCUGAGGACAGCUGCUUUCUGCCCCAGGGCGCCCCAAAAACCUUGCAAGAUGCUCUCUAGAGCCCCCUUUUUAUGGAAAGGAAGGGUCUUGGAGGGGCAGGCAUGAGCUAGCAGCCACUUGGUGCUACUGCCUCAGUGUAUAUAGCUUUUCUCAGCUGUCUGAGCACUGCAGAGGGUCAGCUGUGUGUGGGUGUGCGCGCGUGCGCCGCGCGAAAGAGAGACAGAGAGAGACAGAAAUAGAUAGAUGUGAUGUGUGUGAAUGUGAGAGAGGCUGAGUGUACCAGGAGCCCAGGAGGGUACUUGUGGAGAUAAUAGGCGCCAUACCUCAUUGCCUAUUUUGGGCCUGGAGGAUCCAACAGGGCUGUUUAGAGGCCCCUGACUGAUCCCUGAGCCUUUUUUUUUUUUACAGUUGAUAAGCAAUCUUUGUAUCAAUUAUGUUACACUAAUAGAAACUUGCCACCCCUUUGUCCCCCUGCCUGGACAAGCACAGAGUAAGCUGAACUGUCCCAAGGCAGGGACAGCACAGAACAAUGGGGCCUCCAGCUGGAGCUGUGGACUUUUGUAAAUGCACUAAAACUGGGGAAUUAAAACUCUGUUUCUGGA